CAUCACAAGGAAUGCCCCCUAGCAGAAGUUAGCCUGAAGCUUCCUGGGGAUCACAACGUUCUCAAUUCUUUAGCCGUUAUCGCAACAAUUGCUAACUUGAUAAAAGAUAGAGAUGUUCAUGAUACUGUCAACUCGAUCAAGUACCACUUGAGCAAAUUUGAAGGAAUUUCCAGAAGAUUUGAGUUCAUUGGUAAGGUGAAUGGAUGCUGCGUCUAUGAUGACUAUGCCCAUCAUCCAACAGAAAUCCGUGCCACACUUCAAGCUGCGAGGCAACUGUUCCCUUUUCAGUCUUUGUGGGUUGUAUUUCAGCCACAUUCCUUCAGUCGAAUUGCUGCGUUCAUGAAAGAUUUUAGUACUUCCUUCCUUGAUGCAGAUUAUGUAAUUAUAACUGAGGUUUAUUCACCUAGAGAGAAACAUACAGGGAACUGUUAUGAGAAGGACCUAGCAACUUUGAUCAGUGAUCCAGCAUCUGAAUAUAUUCCUAAAAUGGUGGACGUGCUUGAGAAAUUAGUGCUUGGCAUAUCAGCACAGAGAAAUCAAGAAACAAUUGUUUUCACCAUUGGAACUGACAAUGAAAUUACAGCCCUGGGGCCGAAACUAUUGAGAAGAUUGCAGGAAAUAUCAUGAAAUAUUCAACAAGAAAAAAUAAAAAAAGGUAUGGAAUUCUGAAAUUGAAGGGGGAAUGUAAACCUUAAAACACGGAUUCUAGCUUCAGUGCUUGCUAAAUCCUCAGCUAUCUUAAGCCAAAACAUUGUCUAACAUUCAAAUAGUGCUUAACAGUUGACAUACAUUAGUUGCUGUGACAUGAGUAUUCUAAGCGGAAAUUGGUGAUGGCAAAGUGGAUCUAAAAUUUCAUUUUUGUCCAAAUGUAAAACAAAAGAUUGCCUGCUUCUAUUAAUAUGAAAUUUUACGAUUUGUCUUUUUAAGUAAUUAGUCUUAAGGGAAAUUUAAAGACAACGUGGAAACUACUGUUUGGAUAUUGGAAAGCCCUUGAUCCCAUGGACCUUGUUUGAUGUAAAAGCUUUUAAAGAGGAAUUAUUAAACUUUGGCAUGGUUACAUAUU